CAAAAACAAAAUUCGAAAUUAAACAAAAAUAAUAAUAAUUAAUUUUAUAGCAAAUUUACAUGAAUCGUUGAGUAAUUAAUGAUCAAGAUUUUGCGGAUUGCUAAUCCAGUCCCUAUCCUCCAUAGAUUUUUUACCUUUGCGUGUCCUGCGAACAAAAUGGUGAGAUAUUUUCCAAAUCCUUACCAAGAUUUACAGCCAGGAGUAAAGUUUACGAUCAAUAAAUAUGAAUUAAACAAUCGGAUCGAGGAGCACAUAAAAUAUAUUACGAAAAAGUUUCCGGCAACGUCUAAGUAUGUCGACGGAGGGCUAUACGUCGGUGUUACCGGCGUUUCGUUCAUGUUUUAUCAGUUGGCUAAGAAUCCCCUGCUCUCAGAGAACAAGGGUGUCUACAUGGAGAAAGCUCUUGAAUAUCUUACCCCCGCUCUGAACGUUUCGGCGGGAGAAAAGACGUCGUUUUUACUCGGCGACGCUGGUACGUUCGCUCUAGCCGCAGUCGUAAAGAAGGAACUAGGCGACAGUCACUUCGUAGAUUAUGUCCAAAUGUACAAAUCUCUGCACGAACAGUAUCUGAACCCAAAGUUUCUGAAGUGCGGUGGUGACGAGUUUUUCGUUGGUCGUUCGGGCUACCUCGCCGGCGCGCUGUGGCUGACGCGCGAACUAAAAACUCAAGUAUUCACGAAUGAGGAGCUAUACCAAAUAUGUGACGUCAUAGUCUUGUCUGGGAAGGAAUUCUCCAGAAGAAACCGGAGCCCGUGUCCUCUUAUGUACCACUACUACAACACACAAUACCUCGGUGCUGCCCACGGAGUUAGCUUCAUUCUACAAAUGUUGCUUUCUGUACCAGGUUACCUGGACUACAAUAAAUCAGCAGCUCAAGAUAUUCAGGCGACCACUGACUUUCUGGCAUCUCUCCAGACUUCGGAAGGUAAUUGGCCAUGCUGUUUGGAGGAGAUUACUAUGUCGGAUCACAAGCUGGUUCACUGGUGUCAUGGAGCCCCCGGUACCAUUUACUUAAUGGCUAAGGCAUAUUUGGUGUUCAAGGAUACAAAAUACAUGAAUGCUUGCAUCCGAGCUGGUGAGGUUGUGUGGAACAAAGGUCUGCUGCGGAAAGGUCCAGGUAUUUGCCACGGGGUCGCAGGUAGUGGCUAUGUAUUUCUGCUGCUGUACAGGUUAACUGGUGAUGAGAAAUACUUGCACAGAGCCAAAAUGUUUGCUGACUUCAUGUAUACAGGUGAAUUUUUGAAGGAUGCCCGUUUGCCUGACAGUCCACACAGUUUAUACGAAGGUACAGCAGGAACUGUCUGCUUUUUGGCAGAUUUACUUGUGCCAGAUAAAGCAGAGUUCCCUUUCCAAGAUGUUUUUUCUAUACAGUACAUAUAGAAAUGGAAGACUUGAGUUUGUGAGAUAAAUUUUUAUUUUUGCCCCUUUAUGUGUUAAAUUAUUUUACUGUAUU